ACACAGUUCUCCAAACAGCCACUGGUUUAUCUCCUUUAGCUAGUCCAAAGGGUACUUUUCUCUCAACAAACUUCAGUUCUUUUUUUUGCCUAUAAAUUCAGCCUUAGCUUCAAACUCCUGGCAUCAUCUUCAAAACAUUAAAUCAACUAGCAUCAAAAGGAUCAGAGAAGCAAAAGCAGGAUUCAUCUAUUAAAAACGAAAGAGCAAAUAUAGAGGUUCGAUUAUAUUAAUUUAAGAAGAAAACCAUGAGUUCAAGCAAGAAAGCGUGGAUAGUAGCAGCGAGUGUUGGAGUAGUGGAAGCUUUAAAAGAUCAAGGUUUCUGUAGAUGGAAUUACCCUUUGAGGUUCUUCGCUCAACGCACAAAGAAUAAUAUGAGAUCUUACUCUCAAGCUAAGAAGCUUUCUACUUCUUCUUCCUCCUCCCUGAUUGCAAGGAGCGACAAGGCAAAACAAUCUGAAGAAUCUUUGAGGAAAGUUAUGUACUUGAGCUGUUGGGGUCCUAACUAAUCUUUUUUUUCCCAGAAACAUAAUUGUUAGAAACAUAACAAAAAUGUAGGGCUAUGAUUGUAAAUAGAAUUUUAUGGAUGAUUUAUAAGUAAAACUAUAGAAUUCUGUUGAUACGUUGAUAAA